ACCGUCGACUCUUACUUUAAUAAGCUUGAGCAUUUGUGUAUGUGCACAUGUUCCUCUGGAUGGUGGGAUUUGUUAAUCAAUUUUCUUCAACGUUCCCCUAUAUUACGCCAACUCCAGCUAAUAAAGUCUUGCAACUCGCGGCCUCUGUCUUCUUGGAAUCAGCCAGGUUUUACUAGUACUACUCAUGUUCCGGAAUGUUUGUCAACAACGCUUCAAACCUUGGAGUGGAGAGAUUAUGCAGAAACUGAAUUUGACAUGCCGGUGGUCUCUUUUCUCCUUAAGAACGCUACACGUUUAUCCGAGGCCAAGAUCUUCCCCGAAUCAGCUGCCGGUCCAAUUGAGAAGCUUAGAAUCCGCACUGGCCUGGCAAAGUUAUCUAGAGGUUCACCUUUAUGUCAUCUUAACUUAGGGAAUUAAAUUUCAAAAUUCAUUAUAUUUUCUUAACAACUGCAUAUUAAUGUUUUAUAAAGUUCAGGGUCUCUCCAUAUAUGAUUCUUUUGCUAUAUUCAUGUUUUUUUUGUCACAUUUGCAAACUAGCUUACGUUAUAGCUAAGCUUAAUGAUCUUUCAGCCAAGAAACGGAAACCAAGUUAUAUUUUGUUACCCUUAUAUAAUAGUUGAUGUCUUUUUCAAUUUUCAAUUCUAAUGUGAGACAAUUUGCGUUUAAUAUGGUUUUUUGAACGUCAAUUUCGGAAGGUUUAACGACCAUUGAUCGGCCAACUUUGGACCAAAUAUUUUCCUUGACUUAAAGCUUGGAGUAUACAGUAACAUAGGUUAGAAUAUUUUUAGUAAUCGAUGUAGAAUGAUAAGUUUUGUGACCAUUGUGUUAAAUCCAAAAUUGGCUUCUGUCAAUUUUCCCUUUGUUGUUGUUUUCUCUUAUUCAUGGAACAUGAAUAUUAGAACAACAAAAGAACAAAGAAUUAUUGAAUUAUUGUGGCCGUUGAUUAAAAGCGGGAAAACAGCAUCAGCAUCAGCCAACCACAAUCACGCCUUCUGUUCUCGGCGACUCCUAAUCAAAACUUCGUCUCUUCUCCUCACUAUCUUACAAAAAAACACCCUAAACCCCCAAUUUUCUCCUUCACUCUCAAAAUUGCUGAAAAUGGAAGACGAAGAAGGCAUCGGCUUAAUUCUAGCCAGAGCCACUGAGCUCAGGCUCAAGAUCAGUGAUUGUAUCGACACCUCCAGCACCGCCGUCAGUGAUUACGGCCACUGCGGCGGCGGUAAGGAUGGUUCUUCUCCUGAAGAAGCAAAGAAAGACGAGUUUCUUGGGAAUCAAGAAAAGGAUUCUGACUCAAUCAGCUCUGACGAGGAAGAAGCUGAACGUCUUCUAUGUAUACGCGAUGCUCUCGAAUCUCUGGAGUCCCAGCUCGCUGCUUUGCAGAAUCUACAUCAAAGACAACAAUAUGAGAAGCAAGUGGCUCUCUCUGAGAUUGAUUACAGCAGGAAGAUGUUGCUUGAGAAGCUCAAGGAGUACAAAGGGAGAGAAUUUGAAGUGGUUCGCGAGGCUUCGACUUUUGCUGGUGAAAGAGUUGAUUAUGAGAAGGAUCUUCUCCUUCCUCCUUACCAUCUUCAACCUCAUCUACCAUCGAAGCAUAAGAAGUCUGAUGUAAACGGGUUUGGCUCAGGACAUGUCAGAAAGGUAAAUCCCAACGGAGGAGGCUCAGGAGUUACUAUUGGCUUCUUAGGCUCCGUUGCAAAGAUCAUGGUUCCACUCAUCGGUGUGAUUUCGAUCUUUUCAUAUGGUCCAGAGAUCAGGAAAAGAGGCGCAUCACUUAAACUUCCCCCGCAACAAGUAGUCAGAGCACCGAAUCAGUGCCCACGGGGGAAAGUUCUGGUGUUUGAAGAGGGUGAAGCAAGGUGUCUUGUGAAGGAAAGGGUCGAAAUACCCUUUGACUCGGUUGUUGCCAAACGAGAUGUAACUUAUGGAUACGGUUGAAUUGGAUAGCAUUGUCUCCUGAAUUCAGUGUGUGAAGUUUCAACCUUUUAUCUCUUUAGAUGUGAAGCUACUACAUAGCUCCCCCAAUGUUUUGUUCUUGCUUGUGAUGGUUCUCAGCAAAUAAUCUUAGAAGAGAGAGAUAGAUUUGCAGUUA